ACACACACACACACACACACACGGAAGACCAACUUCUCAGCUCCCAAAUGACUCUCUGAUUGCUCAGGUGUCAAAAACUUCCAAUCGGUCGCUUCUUCCUUUACUUCACCACUGGAUCUUGUUCUUCCUUUUCGAUUUACUCAGGCUUGAUGCAGAAAUUAGCCUAGAUUUGAUUUGAUUUGAUUUUGUAACAGGAUGAGUGAGGAGAUAAAUUUACAGGGAGAUGUUUACUUUGGUAAUGUCAAGGGAAAAAUUCCCCACGGCAUGGGUAGAUACACAUGGUCCGAUGGUACAGUUUAUGAUGGUAAUUGGGAAGACGGAAAAAUGACUGGUAGAGGGCAGAUCUCUUGGUCAUCUGGAACAAGUUAUGUGGGUGAUUUUUCUGGGGGAUAUCUUCAUGGUAUUGGCACAUUGACAAAUCCUGAUGGAUCUGUAUACAAUGGCUCUUGGAGGCUGAAUAUUCAGAACGGGCUUGGAAGAAAGCAGUAUAGCACCUCUGAUGUUUAUGAUGGUUGUUGGAAAGACGGAGUGCAUGAAGGCAGUGGUAAGUAUGCUUGGAGUAAUGGCAACAUGUAUAUUGGGAACUGGAAAGCUGGAACAAUGUGUGGUAGAGGUGUGAUGAAAUGGAUGAAUGGUGACCUGUUUGAUGGUUUUUGGUUAAAUGGCUAUAGACAUGGGUCAGGUGUUUACAGGUUUGCAGAUGGCAGUUAUUAUUUUGGGACAUGGACCAAGGGACUCAAGGAUGGACAGGGCACAUUUUAUCCUGCAGGAAGUAAGUGUCCACCUCUUAAAAAGUUUGACAAAAAGAAAAGCCUGAUAUCUCAUAGUUCUUCUGGUAGGUCUGAGAGGUUCAGGGAUUUGGAACGGAAUGUUAGUCGAAAUUAUUCUCAAAAAAUUUCGUUUAAUGGAUUUUUUAGAGAGUCAGGUCGAAUAUUAAGCAUGAGAUUACCGCCGGAAGAAGAUUAUACCAUUGCGAAUUCUGCUAUAGAGUUCUCUACUUCUGAGAAUACAAACAUGUUAUCUCAUAUCUCGGAUGAAGGGGAAAGUGACCUAGAUGAUGAUAGUAGUGAGGUCUGGGAAAGGGAGUACAUGCAAGGUGUUUUAAUGAAAGAACGGAUCAAGAAAAAUGCAGGAGUACCAUCCAAAGGCAAACAGCAAAGCAAACGUCAAGCAAAUGAUGUGAAAAAGAGAUCAUGUGUGGAUAUUUAUGAAGGCCAUAAAAGCUACUUUCUGAUGCUUAAUCUGCAACUAGGUAUCAGGUACACAGUUGGCAAAAUUACACCAGUUCCUAUGCGUGAAGUGAGAUCUUCAGAUUUUGGGGAACGAGCUAGAAUAAGGAUGUAUUUUCCCAGGAAGGGAUCACAAUUUACACCUCCACACUAUUCUGUUGACUUCUAUUGGAAAGACUAUUGUCCUAUGGUCUUCAGGAAUUUGAGGGAGAUGUUCAAGUUAGAUGCUGCCGAGUAUAUGAUGUCCAUAUGUGGGGAUGAUGGUUUGAGGGAGCUUUCUUCUCCAGGGAAAAGUGGCAGCAUAUUCUAUCUGUCCCAUGAUGACAGAUUUGUGAUCAAGACUUUAAGAGGAUCGGAGUUGAAGGUUCUACUCAAGAUGCUUCCUAGCUAUUACGAUCAUGUGAACGACUAUGACAACACUCUGAUCACCAAAUUCUUUGGCCUCCAUGAGAUAACACUGAGAGGUGGCAAGAAGGUACGGUUUAUAGUCAUGGGAAAUAUGUUUAAAACAGAACUACGGAUCCAUCGGCGUUAUGAUUUGAAGGGUUCUUAUCAAGGAAGAUUCACAAAUAAGGAUGCUAUAGAUGAGGGUACCACAUUAAAAGACCUUGAUCUCGCAUAUGAUUUCCAUAUGGACAAGUCAUUGCGUGAAGCACUUUUCAAACAGAUCCAUCUAGACUGCUUGUUUUUAGAAUCUCAGCAGAUUAUAGAUUAUAGCCUUCUUCUCGGAUUACAUUUUAGAGCUCCUGAGCAUUUGAAGGCUCUCUUGGAACCACCAGAUACAAUGCUCAUGUCCAGUACACCUGUUGAUGAUGGUCCAACAUCAAGCUCAGGGGACCUCUCCAUUCCUCCAAAGGGUCUUCUUCUAGUGACACAUGAACCCAGUUCUGUCAAUACUGCACCAGGUCCACACAUAAGAGGAAAUACUUUGAGAGCAUUUUCUAUAGGCGACAAGGAAGUGGAUCUCCUUCUUCCUGGUACUGCAAGAUUACGAGUGCAGUUAGGCGUGAACAUGCCAGCUCAGGCAAACCGCAAGGUUUCAGAGGACGUUUUAGGUUCAGCAGAUGUAGAACUUUUCGAGGUAUAUGAUGUUGUUCUAUAUCUCGGCAUAAUUGAUAUACUACAGGACUACAGCAUGAGAAAGAAAGUAGAGCAUGCAUAUAAAUCAGUACGAUAUGAUUCUGCGUCAAUAUCUGUUGCUGAUCCCCAGUUCUACUCGAAACGUUUCGUCAAAUUUCUGGAGAAGGUUUUUCCUGUUGAUCCCUGAAGUACUCCCAGCUGCUGGUUCAAACACAAACCACGUAAGAUUCUUUUAUUAUAGCCGAAGUAUAUAGUCGUUUCAUAAUCUUUUUGUUGUCACUUCUAUAUAGUUGUAGUUAUAUUUGUAUCACAUCAGAUUCAGCAAUAUUUCCCAUUUAUGUGGUGUUAUUAUGUAAUAAACUAAUUCAAGUCCAUUCCCUUCGAUCA